AUGUACGGCGAGACGGCCAACAAGCUGGUCCAGAAUGCCAAACGCACACUCGCGCUGCCCCACCUGCCCCCUUACCAGUCAGAACUCAUCAGAUCUGUCGUGCGAGAGGUGCGGGACCUGGACCAAGAUGUAGCCUCGCUCCUGGCGCCAUACUCGGGCUCCUUCAACCCCUCGUCGUCCCCCGAGACAGCAUGCGCCUUGCUCGUCAACCACCUGUGCAUGCGGCGCGAUAAGCGAUGCUUGCUCGCGUACCACAAGGUGCGCAGCGACAAGCUCGAGGAGUACUGUUGGAACGGCGUGGACGUACUCGAGCAGCAGGCCCAAAAGGCAAACGGCAACGGUGCAGGCGAGGGCGGCGCGGCUGGCGCAGAGAGCAGUCUGUCGCCGGAAGAGGAGGAGUACGUGCGGCAGUACAGUGAUUUGCUGGCUGCGUACAAGGGCCAAUGGACAGACAUCGAUCUGACCGGGAGCCUGGAACCGCCAAAAGACUUAUUCAUCGAUGUGCGGGUACUGAAAGAUGCUGGCGAGAUCCAGACAGAGUAUGGUUCCAUCACGUUGACAAAGAACAGCCAGUUCUACGUUCGCCAUGGCGACGUUGAGCGGUUGAUCCAACAAGGCUAUCUGCAGCGGCUGAGCUGA